GGGAGCUCAGGCUCCGGGCUGUGAAAGGCUCAUUUAUCCAGCGCGCUGCUGCGGGGCGCUGCAGACACUGACUAAUCCCCCCGCACGCUCGCUCUGCUCCCAGCCAGCCCGGCCCCGCGCCCCCGGCAGCCCCGCACCAUGCGCUCUCCGCCCGCCGCCGCCUCGCUGCUCCUGGCCGCGCUGCUGCUGCUGGUUGCCCCGCCGCUCGGGGAGUCCGAGAGCCCGAAGGGGAAGCACAAGCCGCUGCGCCAGAGGGAGGUGGUGGACUUGUAUAAUGGAAUGUGUUUACAAGGACCUGGUGGUGUUCCUGGACGAGAUGGAAACCCUGGAAUCAAUGGAAUUCCUGGGACACCUGGAAUCCCUGGUCGGGACGGGUUGAAAGGAGAAAAAGGAGAAUGUAUGCGAGAAAGCAUUGAGGAGUCUUGGACACCCAACUUUAAGCAGUGUUCAUGGAGUGCGCUGAAUUAUGGCAUAGAUCUUGGGAAAAUUGCAGAAUGUACAUUCACAAAGAUGCGCUCUAACAGUGCUCUAAGAGUUCUCUUCAGUGGAUCACUUCGACUCAAAUGCAAAAAUGCAUGCUGCCAGCGGUGGUAUUUUACAUUUAAUGGAGCCGAAUGCUCUGGGCCACUUCCUAUUGAAGCCAUAAUUUAUUUAGACCAAGGAAGCCCAGAGCUGAAUUCAACUAUUAAUAUACAUCGCACUUCUUCAGUGGAAGGACUUUGUGAAGGAAUCAGCGCUGGGUUGGUGGAUGUUGCUAUCUGGGUUGGUACUUGUGCAGAUUACCCAAGAGGUGAUGCUUCUACUGGAUGGAAUUCAGUCUCUCGUAUCGUCAUUGAAGAGCUGCCGAAAUAAAAGUUUUUUCCAAACCUCCUUAUAACCCAUCGUUCCCAAGCCCCCAUAUCAAUUUUUUAUACACAUUUUGUACAAUUUACUUUGAAAUUGAAUAGUUCUCUGGAGCUUUGUAAGCAUCUGGCCAGAAUACACAAGCUUGCUUACAAGCACCCUAGUUGAAUUUUUCCAGCUGAACUGUUUAACAUGUAGCCACAUCACUGUUAAACACACCUGGCAAGUUCUUCUACCAUAUAAUUUUAGAACAAAUAUUAGAAACAAGUUUGUCCAGUUUUAUUAUCAUUUGGACUGAAUAUUUAUCACCCUUGUAAAAACUGUAGAUUAAAUCUUUUUAUAUCUGUUGAAUAAAUAAGACCUUUUACAAAAAGAGGCAAAAAUCUAGGCUAUUUUAUUGUCAGCAAAUUGCAAACGGUUUUACUUUUUACAUGGCUAUUAUGAAACAGGUGUAUUAGAGUAGCUUGACGGACAUGAAAGUAACAUUUGUGGAGAAAAUACUAUACUUUAUUCAUUUUAGAUUUCAAGAGCAUUAUUUAAAAGCAUCAAAUCAUAUUAUACGAACCUGAUUGUAUUACUGUAGCACUAGAUCAUUCAACUUUACUAUAGUUCUACUAUAGAUUCAACUCCCAUUGAUGUUAGUGAGAGUUGGAUCCAGGACAAUAAUAAGCAUAAAAUAUCUCAUUUUAAAAGAUUAAGUUUUUAGCAUACCAUUUUGGCUUUUUCCCCACUAAGUUAAAUAACUCAUUAAGAGGUUCUCAACACCCAAUUUAUUUUUAGUAUGAAAGUCAGUUUCACCGAAGAAGACUAAUAAUGGUGAAUAUAUUGGAUAAUUUUACUACAACAAAGGUUGAUUUACCUUAAUAAUUAAGGUAUUUCAUUUCCCUAACAAACUAGUUUAUUUCAGAGUCUUCUUAGCCAGUCACCAUGUAUCACCUUGGUGCUAAGAUAAUUAUAAAUCAGCAACACAAAAGUAUGAAGUGCGUUACACAUUAAUAGAAAUGGAGAAAAUAAAUAAGGGUAGGCUCAAAUGCCUCACUCUGUAUGGCCUUCAGAAUAGUUUGCAAGUGUUGGAAGCAAUCACGCUACAAAGGUGAUGUGUUCAGUCUCAUAAGACUAGAUAAAGAAAAUGAUCAUGUUGAUCAUUCAGCAUGUCUCAUAGCUAACUGUAGCAUUUUAAGUAUUCACUCCAAAAUGCAGCUGUCAAGUGACAGUAUCCACAAAAGUAGGGCUCUUAAAUUUUUACAAAGGAAAAAAAAGGUAAGUGGUUAGAAAGAACUCAAAUUUUGCACUGAAGAGCCAAACCAAAGGAAAAGUCACAAAGCAUGUAUAACAUGCGAAAGUGUAAUGACUAGUUUUCCCUAGAAUUAAAAAGAAAAAAAUCCUGCACAGCUUAGAUUCAGGUUUUAACUUUUUUAAAAGAAAUACUUUGGCUCAGCCAGGUUCUGAAGAGAAUAUGCAAUACAUAUUUCUUUAAGAUUGUCACAGCAUUUCCCUCUCAAAUUUCUACCUCCAUUUUGCAGUAAGUUGGUACUAUAUAAACGAACCUAAAGCUAGGAGGGCUGUCACGCUCUUCUACCUGGAAAUAAUAUCAGUGCUGCCGCUGAAGUCCAGCAAGCUAUACAGCUGAUAGAUCUCCCCAGAACUUUGUUCAUUGCCACUGUCUUCAUGGGGUUUCAAAGUAUAUUCUGAUCUUCGAGUGGUUAACACCACAAUGCCCUACUGAAUUAGUCCUACAUAUUAUGUACUUGAUAUGUUCUUAAAUAAAAACCUCAUAAGGCACACAAAGUUAACAACUGCAUUACACAGAGAUGUUAAGCUUCGUAAUUCACAUGGUGGCCUUAGAGCAAGAUCAAUUAUCAUUCAAAUGUAAAUAUAAAAAAUGCCUAUAUAAUAAAGAAGGCCAGCUAAUGGAACCUAACAGUAUCCCAUUUCUGCUGAAUGCCAACAAUUUCAUAAUUUAGACAUUUAUGUUCUCAGGUCUGUGUGAGUGGGAGUAGGAAUGGGUUAUUUAUUAUUUGUAUUACUGUAGCACCUGGGAGCUCUAGUCACAGACCUGGACCCCACAAUGCUAUGUGCUGUACAAACACAGAACAAAGACAGUCCCUGCCCCAAGAAGCUUAGUUAUUAAAGACUUAAACAUGUACAAAAGAUUACCCAAGAAGGCAGUCAGAUUAGUCAAUUGAAACAAACAUUCCUCUCAAUAUCAAGCUACUCUUCAAAUGGUUGAAUUAAGAAUGCUCAACAUUUUAACGUUUGCAAUGUCCUAAAUUCCAGGGUCAUAAAAUGAAAUCAAUUCCUCCGCUCCAAAUUAAUUCUUAUGUAUAAGGAACUUGUCAUAGGUUACAUUAGCUUGCUAUGAAAGGAUGAGCUUUCGGAAUAAUCAAUUUCCUAAGCAAUAAAAAAGGUAAACCAGUUGCCUGGCUCCAAGUUAUUUAACUUACAGGCUGAAUAAUUCUUGUAUUUACAUUUAUUAACUCCUGACUCUCAUUUGAUACUUUAUACAAAACAAUUGAAUGCUUUCACUGUAGUUAAAGAAUUUUCCUGAUGCAGAAUUAAAAAUAACUAAAGUCUGAAAAGCAUGUACCCUUGAUCCUGACCCCUGGGAUGCCACCGCUGUUUCAAGUGGUGCUUAUGGUGGAAGACUACAUGUGGACUCAUGCAUUUCUGCUGUGGUAUUAAGCAAUAACCUGAAUAAAUAAGACCAACAUUUUGAAAUAUCCAUCUUUAAAAUAAGACUUUGAAAACUACUGUUAUUUACAAAAACUAGUGCAAAAGCAUCAAGCUAUUUAUUAAACAUGUCUAUGUGUCUGAACAUGUCCUUUUACUUCAACGUAAACUCAACCUGGAGUUUACAUGUAAUCUCUGUAACUAAGAGGGACUUUAUCUUUCCCUCUAAAAGGAAAAACUGGAGAAGUGGCCAGUGACACAUUAACCGCUGAUUUAGGUCUGAUGCUGCAAACAUUUUGCAAGAUGCCUUGGACAUUAUACUAAAACUGGAGGUCUAGCAGAUUUUAAUAUAAUGGGCUGGGUGAACAGCCCUCCUCCUUACUGUCUCCAGCCACACUGUACCUUAAAGGUA